AGCUCGCCCCUUUCGCCUCCUGCCCCGCGGAGCUAGGCGGCAUCCUCCUUCCACGGGCGGCGGAAUGCGUGCGCUUAAGGCGCCCAAGGGAGCGCCUGCCGCGGUUCCGGCGUGCGGCGGCGACCGCAUCGGCUCCCUCCCCGACGAGAUCCUGCACCGCGUCCUCUACUUCCUCCCGGCGCAGUAGGCCGUGCAGACCUGCGUGCUCGCGCGGCGCUGGCUCGACCUCUGGAAGUUCGCCACUGGCCUCCGCAUCGUCGGCGCCGACGGGAAGUUGCCGGCGCCCUUUGAGGAGGUCCGGGAGUUCGUGGACACCCUUCUGCUCCUCCGCGGAAGCUCGCCUCUCGAGAAAUUCGACCUCAGUGUCACCGGACCCGCCGUCGACGUUCGCCGCAUGAGGCUCUGGGUCAGGUAUGCCCUGCAGUGCAAAGUCCAGGAGCUCCGGCUCAGCAUCCAUGGGAAAUCCCCUGCUUUUCUUCGGCCGGAGGACCCACCCCUCGCCUCCAGGCACCUGACCAGGCUAUCGCUUCACGGUCUGGUGUUCAGUGAUGAUUUUCUUGACUUGUCGAGAUGUCCCGUGUUGCAGUAUCUGCAUAUUGCAGAUUGUAGCUUCAGAUGUGCCGAGAGGAUCUCGUUGCAGUCGUUAAAGUAUCUGAACAUCACACGAGGCAUGUUUAACCGGAGCUUCCGCACCCGAAUCCAUACCCCAAAUCUUGCUUCACUUCUGCUACAUGUCACUUAUGGCAGGGCUCCUGUACUUGAGAGAAUGCCCUUGUUGGUUCGGGCACUACUUGUAAUCUCGGGGGAUUGUAAUUGUGACUGUUGCAGCCGUUCUAUCAAUGGGGACUGUGGUGAUGAGAGCUGCAAUGGUUGCAUUCGAAAUGACACUUCAUCCGUGCUUUUGCAUGGUAUAUCACAAGCAAGGACUUUGGUGUUGGCAGCUGGUGCUGAAAUGUUUAUUUUCAGAAGAGACUUGAAAUGGUGCCCUACUUUUAGUCGAUUAAAGACUUUGUCACUCAAUGAAAACUGGUGUGUGCCCGAUGUACACCCACUAGCAUGUACUCUUCAACAUUCACCAGUUUUAGAGAAGCUUUCUCUUUCUCUAUUUUACAAGCUGCAGGGAUUUAAUGUGACAAUGAAAGGAAGGAUUGAUCCAGAGGAGCUACCACCCACCAUAUCAGCACAAAUUAAUAGAGUUGAAGUCACAUGUGGAGUGGUUGACGAAAGAGCUACUAAAGUUUUGAAGUUCCUGAGUAAACUUAACAUCAGUUUUAGUUUCUAGGAAUAGAAGCUUAAAGCUGAAGACGGAUCUUCUUCUACCACUGCAUUCCAUUAGGCUGCAGCAGCAGAAGCACUGACAACUGAAUGCUUCCUCCUGUCUGUGGGAUUGUUUACAGUUUCAUUUGUUGGACGAAGUUAAGAGUUAGUAUUUAGCGUUUUCAAUUAUCUAGCUGGACCUGAUUAAGUCUCAUGCUGGCACUGAUAUUGCCUAGAAACAAAGCAUGGUGCCUUUGUCUCUAGGAUUAUUUUCCGUGCGAAGCUGUUUGUUGCAACUUGCAAGUUGCAACCUUGCAUGAAUGGCUUGCUCAAGGUCCUUAGGAUGCCAUGCCAGAACCCAGUAACAUAUCUGUCCUUG